AUUGAACCUGAUGUUUUUUUCAGGUAUUAAUCCGUUCUCAACAUUAUUAUCUGAAUCCAAUUGAAAACAAAGAAUAUUUUUUUAUAAUAAUGCGACGCUAGUGUUUACUGUUUAGCAACGUUUUUAUUAAAAAAAAGUCUUCUUGUAGAUCAGAUCUCGACCGUCAUUUAUAUUAACUGCGACAUAAUAGAGAGAGAGAGAGAGAGAGAGAGAGAGCAAAGGGAGAAAAUGGAGGAAGCAAAGGGACCAGUGAAGCACGUUCUGCUUGCCAAGUUCAAAGAUGACGUAACCCAAGAGAAGAUCGAUGAACUUAUCAAAGGCUACGCGAAUCUCGUCAAUCUCAUCGAACCUAUGAAAGCUUUCCACUGGGGAAAAGAUGUGAGCAUAGAGAAUCUGCAUCAAGGUUUCACACACAUCUUUGAAUCCACUUUUGAUAGCAAAGAAGCUGUAGCUGAGUACGUUGCUCAUCCUAUUCACGUUGAGUUCGCCAACAUGUUCCUAGGCAGCUUGGAUAAAGUGCUGGUCAUAGACUACAAGCCUACCUCUGUUUAAAUUCAUCAUCUUGUGAUCUUUUGUUGCAAUAAAGUAUGUUUCCCUUUUGAUGUAAUGGCCUGCAUUAUUUCUGUCAAUCUCUUUUUUUGUUUUGUUGUUGUAUCAGACCAAGUGUGUAAACGAUCGUGAGGGUUUGCUUGUUUUCUUUUAUGAUUUUGAGUAACUUUUGUGGUCUCUUAAUAUCUUGUUAAUGGUGAUGGCCAUGUUCGUUUA